AUGUGUUCAAAAUUUGCGUUAAUUUUGUUGGCGUUUUUAGUCUACCGAUUAUGUGAGGGUAGUAAAGAAGAGUGUCAUUUAAGACCAGUAAUACACGUCCUUAAACACGCCGGUUGUAUCCCUAAGCCCAUACCAUCAUUUGCCUGCUAUGGCACCUGUUCAUCAUAUGUACAGGUAUCCGGUUCCAAGUUCUGGCAGGUGGAGCGCUCAUGUAUGUGCUGUCAAGAAAUGGGUGAACGAGAGGCAACUAUUUCUAUAUUUUGUCCAAAACAAACACCAAAGUUUCGUAAAAUCCAAACCCGAGCACCUGUUGAAUGUAUGUGCCGUCCGUGCACUGGGAUUGACGAGAAAGUGGUUCAACCGCAAGAAAUCAUGAAUCUAACGCCAAAACUCGAUAAUUUUGAUGACAUAUCUAGUGUUUAA